CUUUCCUCCCGACCAGCCAGUGCCACCACCAAUAUGGGCGACGGGGAGAAACCAUCGUGGCUUGGGAGCAUGAUAGAUCAAGUCGAUAGGUUGGCGCUGAAGAUCGGAGGCUACGAAGAACCCAAGCCUCCAGGAAACGGAUUCUCGGACGACGAAUCGGACAGCAACAGCACAAACAGCGGCAGCAGCAGCGAGGACGAGGAUUCAGGCGACUCUGGUUUCGAAGACACCGCGGAAGACGACGACGAUUCUGGUUUCGAAGACGCGGGUCCAUCGCCUGUUUUGAAAACAAGGACGGAAUACAAAGAGGAGGCUGCGGAAGGCGGAGAUGCUCCGCAGUCCGACGAUCUCGAGCCGAUGAAACCCGAACAAUCCUCAAAGCAGAUACCGCCUGUGUCAAUUGCGGAUAAUAUACCCUCUCUCUCGGUUAGGCGGUCACAAACCAGCCAAGAAAACUGCGACGAGAACGAUGUUCAAGGCUCGGAGGAAAAACCUCUUGGCAAGGAGUACCCACAGGUCGUAUCAAGCGGGGACAAUGCGCCGUUGGAUUCGGCAACAUCUUCACGCAGCGAAGGCCUGUUAACUAAGGACGAUGUGCCAGUGUUGGAGGGAGACCUUCCUAGACCACAAGGAGAUGGAAACUCUCCUCGACAGCCACUGGAUGUCGUCGGCGACGUGGAUUCCACGUUUAGCACUCCUGCUCACAGCCGAGACCGCGACGCGCUCAGAAAAGGGCCGCCUCUGGAUGCUGUACCUGUUGCUAGCAGUGCGGGCAGCCGGCGUGUGAAUCGCGAAAAAAAAAACAACGAAGGUCUCAACGCGAAGUCGCCCAUGAACACACAGAUCUUAAAGGAUGCAGGGCACGUAUCGCCGUCUGGAGCGCCGCGCCUCCCAGGGAGCAAGAAGAAAAAGAACUUUUCCUACGUGAGCGACACCACAUGGAUUAAGCCAAAGGAGGAACUGGCCGCCGAAACCUCCUCUCCACCGCUGGAGCUUGCGUCAAGAGCUGCCGUGACCGGUGGGCAUGCUCCGAGCCAAGUACCUCCUGCCAGAAAGCCUCUUGCGUCAGAUUGUGCCGCCGCCGAGGCUACGGAGGGCGCUGCUGAGGUCGAUCAAUCGUCGACACCACGGAGAAAUCGGCAUCGACCCCCACGGGAAAAGGAUCACGGGCUUAAGAAAGCUGACACAGAUUUUCCGAUGGAGACGCGACCGGAAGAGCCUUUGCAUGUGCGUGCCGAGGAUGGAAAGAGCAACGGCGGGAGGAUGCCAGUGACAGAAGAAAUCGCCGAGGCGGUUGCCCUGGCGCACCCGGAGGGUAGGCCCGCCCCAGACGAAACAGUGACAACACAUCUCCCCGAAGAUCAGGCCGAUGCGAACGGGCUCGAAGAGCCACACGAAAGAGAGAACGGGACUGGCCACGCACGGGCUUUCCAGGAGGGAGGCUAUCAAGAAGAAGCGCGCCAGGGGAUAGACGACAGGGAUGAGGUAGAACCUGGUAUCUGGAACGAGGGGGUGGCCACGAUCGGCGCAAAGAGAAUGUCGUCUGAGAACGGUAUGGGUUCUCCGGCAGAGGAAUGGAUUCUUGACUCUCCGGAGGGAUUCGCUCCUUCCAAACGAGGAAAGCUGCAAUCGGAACACCCCCUGGCCGUGAUGCGCCACUCGGCUCGUCUGGACGACGCCAUAUUCGAGCGACAACGAAUGCUCGGGGCAAUCACGGCGGGUAGCGGGAGCGACGAGGAUGUCGCCAAAAAGGCGGUCAGCGACGGAAGCAAGGGCUUGGAGAGUGGCGACGGGGACGAGUUAGCGGCGGUACCUUGGCCUGACAGGGCGCUCCGGCCUUACGAUCCUCCGAUAGUCGACACCGAUCUUCCCGCUCGACAAGCGAAGGCACUCGGCCGGCUCGGAAUGGGCUCGCAAACCGUGAUAGUUUGCUCUCCGUUCCGACGUUGCCUUCAGACGGCCGGCGUGGUUGCCCGGACGCUAGGCGUGGCAAGUGUUACGGUACACUUGCAAGUAGGAGAACGCAUGGACAAGGUGCGCAAGGAGAUCGCAGAGCUGGCUUUGGACAGCGAGGAGCGAUCGGAUGGCACCUUAGCAACGAAGGAGGCGGUCCCGGCGUUCAGCUACCUAGAGGAAGCGGACAUGCGCGCGGCACUCGGAGCAGGAGUGCAGUUAGAAAGAAUAAUCGGGGAACAGCCGCCAGAGGAGGAGAGCGGAAUAGAAGCAAAACAGCGUUUUAUAGCCACUAUCGCGAAAGUGCGUGAAGAGCAACUGCGUGAUAGUCCUGUGCUGGUGGUGGCCCACGGAGACACGCUGGACGCUGCUGGCGAAUCCCUAGCGUCUCAGAUUGUUUUCGAAGGUCAGAUGAUCUGUGCCGCCAUGUAUAGCUCACCACCUGUGUAG